GGGGCAACAAGCCAUUGUUUGAUCAGUUGCAACAAUAGCAACAAGUUGUUAGUUUGGUCUAGUUAAAAUAGCCUAUAGCCAUUUCAGUCUGGCAUGGCGUGUGCAGCGCCAAUCAGUUCACGUGACACAGAUUCCAAGGAUGUAACCCCAACGACAAAGGAUGAAGACGAAUCUAACUACGAAUACAUCGUAGUUCCACCCGACGGAGGAUAUGGCUGGAUCGUUACAGCUGCCAGUUUGUGGUGUUUACUCAUUUCAGAUGGAAUCCUCUUCAGUUUCGGAUUAAUACUUUCGGAUUUGAAACAAGUGUUUCACGUGCCCGUUGCUCAAGUGGCGUGGAUCUUCUCCAUCGUCAAUGGCAGUUCAUUAAUCUCAGGUCCCGUUGCUUCUGCAUUGAGCAAUCGAUUUGGCUUUCGUACUGUCGUCAUAACCGGCAGCUUAAUUGGGUCUGUUGGGCUAUUGAGCUCUUCAUUCGCUCAGUCUAUCGAUAGUCUGUUUUUCACGCUCGGUGUGCUUUUCGGAGUUGCAGACGGACUCGUGUUUACACCCAUUGUCGUCGGAGUGGGCUUCUAUUUCGACAAAAGGCGAGCUUUAGCUACUGGAAUUGCUCUCUGUGGAUCUGGAGCAGGUACUUUUGUUUUUGCUCCAGUCAUCUACUUGCUUCUGGAAACGUACACCAUCAGUGGAGCACUCCUAAUUCUGAGUGGAAUUUAUUUGAACUGCGCGGUACUUGGAUCGUUACUUGUUCCAUUAAAACCUCAACGGCGGAGGAGACUGCAGGAAGCUGUGAAACUGCUUGUUGAUGAAGUUGUAACACAAUCAGUAGACACCCCACAGUCCUUUAGUGAAGCUAAAGUUAUUCAUCAAAAUGAAUUGAAAGCUCAAGAACGACUUGAUGACAGGAUAGGUAAACUGGAACGACAGUGCACUAGUCAUCGCGUUGAUCAAAAAUCAAUGAAGAAACGAUUAGGAAACGUGUUGAAACUGUUCAAAUUUUCGCUGUUCCGAUCGCAAACUUUUGUUGUCGUUUGUGUCUCUAGUUUCUUUCAGUCAAUCGGAUGGUUUGUACCGUCCGUGUAUCUCACAGCUCACGCCACUAAAAUGGGAAUACCGAAAAUAGAAGCCUCGUUUUUGUUAUCCGUUAUUGGAAUGUCUAACAUGAUCGGUCGCAUUUUUAACGGAUGGCUUGCUGACCAACCUUGGGUAAAUGUAUUAUUUAUGAAUAAUGUUGGGUUGUCGGUGGCAGGCGUAUUGAUAAUUAUGUGCCCGUUAUUCACCUCCUAUGAGUUGCUUGUCAUGUUUGCAGCCAUUUUCGGGCUGGCUUCAUCCUGCACCACUGUCAUUCGUCCAAUUUUACUGGGAAAGCUACUCGGGUUUGAAAACGUCAGCAAUGGUUACAGCUUCAUGCUCAUGUUUUACGGAGUGGCCACCCUCUCAGGAAUUCCUAUUGCUGGUUUGCUUCACGACAUUUUCGGUGAUUAUCACGUUGCCUUCUAUCUUGCCGGCUCUUCCAUUCUUCUCUCUGCGUUCAUUUGUUAUCCACUGGGAACAAUCAAUCGCUGGGAAAAGAGGAUGAAUUCUAGUAGCUGAGAUACCUUCCUAAUUGCUGAACCGCACUAUCUUUAGAGAACUUCGCCUAUGCUUAUUGACAUCUACACUUAGAUGAAAUGGCGUUUUACAUUUGUUUCUAUACUUGUUUAAAGUCUUGUUUUUAUUCCAACUUACGAUGCUGGCUCGUUCAAAUGGGGAAGAACACUGGAAGAGACUAUUGUCCCUGUUCUUUUCCCUUGAUGUUAAAGAUAAGUUUCUAUCCAAUCCUUAUCUCAGUGACACACACCCGAAAAUGGUGGUUUACAGUUUUCCAGUCUGUUGCGAUGCAGACAUAAUCCCAAUUGCGUAAAAAAGGUCCAAUAAUUUUCCAUUGCGCAAUUCAUUCAAAGAAUGUUUAAUUUAGGCCGAGUAUGUGAUGAAAACAAA